UGGGAAAUCUGAAAGCCUGGAUUAUGCUCUGCUAAAUUUAUUCACACCAAUGGAAAUCUCUGACAGACUCCCUUGAUGGACUUGGGACAGUUUCUUCCUGUUUUUUUUUUAAAUUCUUCUGGAUUUUAGAUUCUGCUGAGAAAACCAAUAAUGAGUUAGUAUAUUAAGUAACACAGUUAUAUCGCAUAGAACUUUGGAACUGAAAAAAGUGCUUGUGUUUUGGAAUAGAAUUGGGACUUAAUCUCACAUUACAUCUAAGAGGUCAGCCUGUAUUAACCGGAUUUUUAUUAGGUGACAUGCCAGACUCUAAUUAGAGGAAAGACCUAAAAGUGAUGGCUGUACAGACUGCGGUAAUGAAUCACCAUUUCAUACCCUUGUAUUUUCCUGGAUCUAUUGUGGACUUUGAAAAAGGUUACCAAGAUGGAGGAGACUUUGUUGGUGCCGUUGAAAGUGGGGAUUUCAAGGAAGCCACCAGAGACUUGCUAAGUUUCAUCAACACAGCUUCGAGCAACAUCAAGCUUGCUCUGGACAAGCCUGUGAAAUCCAAAAGGAAGGUCAAUCACAGGAAGUACCUGCAAAAACAAAUAAAGAGGUGUACAGGUAUGAUCAGCAAUGGUAACGUAAGCCAGGGAUCUCCCAAACGCCAUAUUGCAUCCCCCAGCUGCACUAUCAGUCCCCCGAUCUUUCAUUGCAAGCCCCCUCCCAAGAGGGACAGCUCCCAGGCCAAUUUACAGAGCAAAAGCUUGGCAGCUCUUUUUGACAAUGCAAAGGAAAUCCGUGGAGAGAAAUGUAAAAAGGUUCCUUUGAGAAAUCGCAAUCUGCCACAAUCCUUUUUCACAGAACCUGCCAACACUUCUUCAGCAGGACUUCUCUGCAACUCCCUCAUGACUUUUAAAGACCCGGAAAAAGUUAACCAAGAUGCCAUCGAGUUUUUUGACCUCUUGGGCCCAGACUACAAUAACAUGAUCUCAGAACAAGAGAUCUUUCAGGGGGCAUCAGUGAGGAUUCAUCAAGACAUUUCAGCGGAACAUUCCCUGUAUGAGCCAAAUAAUUUGCUAAAUGGACUCAUUUAUGCCGACCCUUGGAAUCCAUGUAAUCAAGUUAAAAAGAGUCCUGUGGGAACUUGCAGCCCUAAUUUGAAUGAAACCUUGAAAUGUGUUCCACUGCCAGCAUCUCUCUAUACAAAUAGCACUGACUCAAGCAUCACUUCUGCAAUAGACGACAGCUGCUCUAACCUGACAUCAUUUAAUUCAAGCUUCCCCGAAUGUCCUCUUCCACAAAUGUUUUACGAUUACAGCUCAGGCUACAACAGAAUAGGUUAUCCUGUUUUGUAGAUCCGCACAAAACCACAUGCACCAGAUAAUUCUCUAAAGUGUUAAUUGUCAGGAUUUCAAAGUGAAUUUCAAAUUUUAGGCCACAGUAGUUAAUCUGGAAACAGAGUAUUUUUCUCAUUUGUUAAUUUUAAAUUCACUUUGAACCCCCUUCCCUCCUCCUCCCCCCCCCCAAAAAAAAGAAAUCACACUUCAUUGAAUAACCCUGUGAGUUUGAAAGGACUUUUUAUUGGGAGUACUGUAGGAAAGAUGUGCAAUAAAAGCCUCUAUAAUAAUGUUAUCAAGUUGGGGAUAUAUGAGAUAUAUAAUAGCAUGUAAGGUAGUUGGCCCUGACAUGUCACAAGUUAAAAGUUCAGUAACAUAGCAUUCUGAUUGCCUUGGGACACGAUAGAUAACUGUGUGUAUUUAUGCUAGAUUCAUUGUGAGAGGGCUAUUAUUAUUCUGAAAUGCUGAUUAUGAGAUAAUUGUGUACAUAGAUCUAGUACAUUUAUUGAUAUGAAGAAAUGUGCGCUACAGACAAAUGUUACACAUUUAUACGAGUUUAUUCUUUGCCUUAGACGGAACGUUGGAACUUAUUAGAAGCCAUGUUUGUUUUGAAAUUUACAGUCAGAAGGUCAGGGACAAUGAAUGCGAGUGUGUGUAUGUGUACAUAUUAGCACGUUCUUCUUACGUUAUCACGCACCCUUUUCCCUUUAAAUAUAUUGCAAAGAAACAGACUGAAAAAUGACCAGAAUUAUAUGCAAUAAAGAA